GCCAGUUGGCAGUAAGAGUAAGAGUACUUUAAGUAAGAUUACUGAAGAUAGCGUGGAUUUAUUGCUAUUCGAGCCAAAAAAUGUUUAUAAACAAAACUUUAUUCGUACUCGUCAUUAUCGCCUGCACAUGUCUCUCAUUUGGCUUGGUCAGCAGCCUCAAAUGUUAUUCCUGCACAAGUGUGGAAGAUUGCAAAAAGGCUAAGAAAUUGGAAUGCACUUACGAUCUAGCCAAUAAGACCUUAUUAAAUCAUUUGAAUUUCUACUACUUGAAUGUGCCAACAGCGAACACAACAAAUUCCUUACAAUGCCUGAGGGAUUGGCUGCAGACACCCCAAGGACCUGUCGAGCACAAAGGCUGUAUUUAUAGCGGCAUUUACAGUUGCACGUACGCAGUGCGUCCACAAUUUCAACGUAACAGUACCCGCGUGUGUCACCAAUGCCAAAAGGAUGGCUGUAAUCCCGCUGGACGUGCAAACGUUAAUCUGCCAACAGUUGCUCUCGCAAUUAUGAUGCUACUGUUGUUCAAAUUUGCGUGGCGAAAGUGAAAAGGCAUGAAUCGAUUGUGAGUUCUUAAAGUUUUUCCAACAAAAUGCCAAUGACUGUUUAAUAAUAAAAAUAUAUUUAUUGUUUAAAAUCUUAUCUUAUAAUUUGUAAUAAAAAGGUGAUACCUUGCAAUGAGUA